AUGUUAGUCAAAGGAGUUUGAUGAUUCUUGUACCGAGUGUCCGAGCGUACGGGGGCGGAAAAAGUCUCUCGAAACCGGGCGUGUGACUGGGCGAAGCGGCCUCCUCCGGUGCUUGGAAGUUGGACUUUCCUCCUUUCUUCUUUUCUUGUGUUUGAGAGAGUUUUAUCGCCAUGCCGGUGUUUCACACAAAGACGAUAGAAAGUAUCCUGGAGCCGGUGGCUCAGCAGAUCUCCCAUCUGGUGAUCAUGCAUGAAGAGGGCGAGGUGGAUGGCAAGGCGAUCCCCGACUUGACGGCACCGGUGGCGGCCGUGCAGGCGGCGGUGAGCAACCUGGUCCGGGUUGGGAAGGAGACUGUCCAAACCACAGAUGACCAGAUCAUGAAAAGGGACAUGCCACCAGCAUUUAUCAAGGUUGAAAAUGCAUGCACUAAGUUGGUCAAGGCCGCUUCCAUGCUGAAAGCCGACCCAUACUCGGUUCCUGCUCGAGACUACCUCAUCGACGGCUCCCGGGGUAUUCUCUCCGGAACCUCUGACCUGCUCCUCACCUUCGAUGAAGCAGAGGUUCGCAAAAUAAUCCGGGUGUGCAAAGGAAUCCUGGAAUACCUGACUGUUGCAGAGGUGGUGGAGUCCAUGGCGGACCUUAUAACAUACACAAAGAACUUAGGACCAGGGAUGACCAAGAUGGCCAAGAUGAUCGAUGAGAGGCAACAGGAGUUGACUCACCAGGAGCACCGCGUCAUGCUCGUCAAUUCCAUGAACACAGUCAAAGAGCUGCUCCCAAUCCUCAUCUCAGGAAUCAAAAUCUUUGUGACUACCAAGACGUCGGGGAGCCAAGGCGUAGAGGAAGCCCUGAAGAACCGAAACUUCACUUUCGAGAAAAUGAGCGCUGAGAUCGUUGAGAUCAUCCGAGUUUUGCAGCUCACGUCUUGGGACGAGGAUGCUUGGGCCAACAAGGACACAGAGGCCAUGAAACGAGCUUUGGGGCUCAUCGACUCCAAGAUGGCUCAAGCUAAAAACUGGCUGCGCGAUCCCAACGCCCCACCGGGUGACGCAGGCGAGCAGGCCAUCCGGCAGAUCCUGGAUGAAGCCGGCAAAGUCGGCGAAUUGUGCACAGGGCGGGAACGGAGGGAUAUUUUGGGCACGGCCAAGACUCUGGGUACGAUGACGGACCAGGUGUCUGAGAUGAGGGCCAGAGGUCAAGGCGCGUCCCCAGCUGCCAUGCAGAAAGCGCAGCAGAUCUCCCAAGGUCUGGAUGUCCUGACCGGUAAGGUGGCAAACGCCGCUCACAAGCUGGAAGCUAUGACCAACUCCAAGCAGGCCAUCGCCAAGAGAAUGGAUGCCGCUCAGAACUGGCUGGCAGAUCCGAAUGGUGCUCCGGAAGGGGAGGACAACAUCAAGGCUCUCCUCAUGGAAGCCAAGAAGAUCGCGGACAUGUGCGAGGACCCCAAAGAACGGGACGACAUCCUGCGCUCUAUUGGUGAAAUCGCCGGAAUGACCGCCAAGUUGACGGAUCUCAGGAGACAGGGAAAAGGCGACACCCCCGAAGCCAGAGCCUUUGCCAAACAAAUUGCCACGGCCCUGCAGAAUCUGCAAUCGAAAACAAACAAAGCCGUGGCCAACAGCAGGCCCGCCAAGGCUGAUGUCCACUUGGAAGGAAAGAUUGAGCAAGCCCAGCGCUGGAUUGAUAACCCCUCCAUUGAUGACAAUGGCGUGGGCCAGGCGGCAAUCCGAGGGCUGGUGGCCGAGGGUCGCAGGCUGGCCAACGCCCUGCCCGGCCCCUACAGGCAAGAGCUGCUGGGAAAAUGCGAGCAGGUGGAGCAGCUCAUGGCGAAGUUGGCUGACCUGGCAGCUCGUGGCGAGGGCGACUCUCCUCAAGCGCGUGCAAUCGCUCAAGAGCUACAGGAGGCCCUAAAAGACCUCAAAGGUAAAAUGCAAGCAGCGAUGACUCAAGAAGUUUCUGAUAUCUUCAGCGAUACCACCACACCCAUUAAGCUAUUAGCGGUGGCUGCUACCGCCCCCCUGGAUGCGCCCAACAGGGAUGAGGUUUUUGACGAGCGGGCCGCCAAUUUUGAGAACCACGCCAACAGGCUUGGCGCCACAGCGGAGAAAGCGGCUGCUGUGGGCACGGCCAACAAGAGCACUGUGGAGGGCAUCCAGGCGGCUGUCAAGUCCACCAGAGAUUUAACGCCGCAGGUGGUGUCUGCUGCCAGGAUCCUGCUGAGAAACCCAGGCAACCAAGCUGCCUACGAACAUUUCGAGACCAUGAAGAAUCAGUGGAUCGACAAUGUGGAGAAAAUGACCGGUCUGGUGGACGAGGCCAUUGACACCAAGUCCCUCCUGGAUGCAUCGGAGGAAGCCAUCAAGAAGGAUCUGGACAAAUGCCGCGUCGCCAUGGAUAAGCAGCAGCCGCAGAUGCUAGUCGCUGGUGCCACCAGCAUCGCCCGCAGGGCCAACCGCAUCCUCCUGGUGGCCAAGCGCGAGGUGGAGAACUCUGAGGACCCCAAAUUCCGCGAGGCGGUCAAAGCGGCGUCCGAUGAGCUCAGUCAGACAAUCUCACCCAUGGUCAUGGACGCCAAAGCCGUUGCCGGGAACAUCCAUGAUCCCAAUCUCAGAAAGGGCUUCUUGGACUCGGGGUACAAAAUUCUUGGUGCAGUUGCCAAGGUCAGGGAGGCUUUCCAACCUCAAGAACCCGACUUCCCACCACCGCCUCCUGAUUUGGAUCAACUGAAUCUCAACGACGAGCCUGCUCCACCCAAACCUCCGCUUCCCGAAGGCGAGGUUCCUCCCCCCCGGCCUCCUCCGCCAGAGGAGAAAGACGAAGAGUUCCCCGAGCAGAAGGCCGGCGACAUGGUCAAUGAGCCCAUGAUGGUGGCUGCCAGGCAGCUUCACGACGAGGCCCGCAAGUGGUCCAGCAAGGGUAACGACAUCAUUGGCGCAGCCAAGCGGAUGGCCCUGCUCAUGGCGGAGAUGUCGCGACUGGUGCGCGGCGGCAGCGGGAAUAAGCGUGCCCUCAUUCAGUGCGCCAAGGACAUCGCUAAGGCGUCCGACGAAGUCACGCGGCUCGCCAAGGAGGUCGCCAAACAGUGCACUGACAAGCGCAUCCGGACCAACCUGCUCCAGGUAUGCGAACGUAUUCCCACCAUUAGCACCCAGCUCAAGAUCCUGUCCACGGUCAAGGCCACCAUGUUGGGUCGGACCAACAUCAGCGAAGAAGAAUCAGAACAGGCUACGGAGAUGCUGGUCCACAACGCUCAGAAUCUGAUGCAAUCUGUAAAGGAGACUGUGCGAGAGGCCGAAGCGGCUUCCAUCAAAAUCCGCACGGACGCCGGGUUCACCCUGCACUGGGUCCGCAAGACUCCAUGGUACCAGUAAAAAAAGACCAUCGGAUCCCUGACCCCACCUUAUAGUGCUGUCUUGUCCACAGGGACACUAAAUAGGCAGAAAAAGCUUGACUAGGGCUUCCAUUCUGACUGUGAACGUGUGUACAAAUGUGUUGACAAAUAUAUAUAUUUGGAUUAGAAGAUGGAUAACAUAGAUUACUUUGCUGUACUCUUGACAUUUUACAUCAUCAUGCUGAUGAUUAUGUCUCACCUCUGCAAGACUAUAUACAGUGAAGCCCAUGCAUAUUUGUGGUCAAAAAGAUUUUUUAAAGGUAAAAGUAUUGCUUUGCUGCUUACUUGUGGCAUCUACAGGCAAUUGUAAAUGUUUAAGGGCUGUUAAAUGUGUUAGUGCUUCCCCAAAUUUUUUUCACAUUGUUUCGGACCAAUUGAGUAAUGGAUCAUUGGCACAGUGGUUGAAAAUGACUUGUUUACACUACUACUACAAUCAUACGCAUACAAGUAAACAUGUUUUUUAAAAAAAUAUAUAUAUAUAGUAGUGAUGCUGUAUUAGAAAAUCUCUGCCAAAGACUGUUGUUUAGAUCUUUUCUUGCGUUGUGAAGAGAUUAAAAUGUUAACGCUAUACAAUGGAAUGAAUGAAAACUAUCCUGUACAAAACAAUAAAAUCACAAAAACGAAACUAUCAGUUUGGAAGGACACUAAGAAGCACAGCGUCACCAUAUGCUAUUUAAAAGACUGCCAACGUGCCUUUGAAUAGACUUUGCAGAUUGCAAAUGACACAUUUUCAGAGGUUUUUGCACACAAAAACGUGUAAAGUCGCACCUGCCUCACUAUGCAAAUACUGUACUGAGGUGUGUUUAUUAACAGUGUCUGUAUCAAGCCAAAUGUACUCAAGUGGUGAAGAUUUGUCCUUGAUAUAAUUCACUUUUUUUUCUUUUGUAAUAAAGUAUUUUAUAGCACUUGAGAGAUGUUUUGUAAUUUGUUGCAGUUUGAAAGAUUUGGCCUUUUUUGGGGAGAGGGCACAAACUAACAGUUGUGCAUUAAGAAUUGUUAAAU